AUGAUACGAAAUGUAUCCAGCAUUGCUCAGAGAUUAUUGGAGCACAGCGGGGUUGGAAAACGAAAACAAAAAGUCGGAAAGAGAAGGCUAUCCUACUCGUUUAUCGUCGCACCAGUAUUUUUCCUUGUCUGCUGGAUCAUUCAUGAGCAUAAUCAAGACGAGUAUCUUGCAGUCUUUGUGCCACAGCAUAUUCAAAUUCCAUCGGAUGAGCUCAGGGCUGAAAUCUCUGGAUGGAAUGCCAGGGGCUUACAACUCUACAAGGAUCAAAGAAUAUGGUUAGCGAUGCAAGAUCAUAUCGAUAUUAGAAUUCCGCCAUUGGGUAAAGUCACAGUGAACCAGGAAAGUAUGAUCAAACGAUUUUGGAACAAGAUUGAUGGUCAUUUGGACUGGGAGGCAAAUACGUUUGCCUUUUUUCAAAAGUAUGUGACGAACGAAACCAUUGUGAUUGAUUUUGGAAGUUGGAUUGGACCGACCGUUCUGUAUCAUUCACAACUCUCUCGUCGUUCCUACGGAAUUGAAGCGGAUCCUGUGGCCUAUGCGACCCUGGAAGCCAAUGUGCGACUAAAUCCACAACUGCCAAUCACUAUCGUCCCUGCUUGCGUGAGCACUCCCGAAGAUGCGGGGUUGAUGAGAAUGAAGGGAAAUCCAGGUGACUCCAUGAGUGGGAUCACGGACAAAUUGGCAGCUCAUGCUAGUAUGGGUUGGAAAGUACAAUGUUACGACCUUCCAACUUUGUUGGAUGAGUGGAACAUCAACGUUGAGUCCCAAGCUGUGCUCAUCAAGGUCGAUGUAGAAUCCUAUGAAUGUAAGCUAAUCCCAUCGAUCUACGACUGGCUCAGGGGGAAGAAGCGAUUGCCCAUCCUUUACAUUUCGUUUCAUCCACAGAUUAACGAUUGUUCCAACGACGAGUGGGAUUCGGUGCUGAAAGUCUUUCGCUUAUACAAGCGGGUUUCAUCCCACGGCGGAAUGGAAGAACUGCCUUUGAAGAAUUACGCAACUUUUGAAGACUUUCAAAAAUCAUUCCAACGAACAAGGGACUCUUCUGUUUUCCUCUUGCAAGGCAAACGUUGA